UUUGCUGAAGUAAAACAUUUCAAAGUCGAUGUCCAACAUGAUUUAUGAGCUUUGUGUUCUGGUGUGUGUAGGGAUCCUCUCUACAUCCGCUCUACCUGUUGACGACGCCUGGAAACACGUGGUCAGACAACGUCGUAACGUCGCCAACUGUCAACCACCUCAAGAUAUCAACCAACUCUUCCAAAGUCUCAACGCCAACACCGACGUCUCCAUCUUUCUUCGUAACGCUCAAGGUGCCAGACCAGGGUUAUAUUUACAUGGAGAGCUGAACACCCUCCAGGUAUUCGACAGUUCCAACCUCGACGGCAUCACCUGUCCCAGCAGCGUCAGUGACGACCCUAACGACCCCCUGUGGAGGAGAUCCCUCUGUCCCUGGUACUACAACGUCACCAACCUCCCCGCCGGUCACUACCCAAGUGCCAUCCCCCAGGCCGUGUGUAAGUGUGACAAGUGCGUUGACAACAACCAAAACCAGUGCGAGAGAGUUUCCACUCAAAUCCGAGUUUUAGAAGAAACUGGUUGUGAAAAUGGUUUCUUUGUCUACAAACCCAAACUCAUUACUCACUUCGUUGGGUGUACUUGUGCCAAAAGCCGGACAACAACAGUGGGUUCCAACACCGCCCCGAAAGCAUCAGACGGUGGAAGCGAUUGUGGGGAUUAUGGAUGUGCCGAAUAGACGGGAGACUUGUAGACGAUGUCACAGAUUGAUGAUGUCUUCUUACAGUGAAACAUUUCCAGUGAGGAAAUACCCAGAAAGUCAGUGUCUGACAACCGUCCCUUUAAGCUACAUAUUUAUUGUUUAAACAUUGCAAUUCCGUCCCGGUAUGAAAUAACAUGUACUUUGUGUUUUUCAUACAUCACCACGACAUUUCCUGAAUCCAUUUUUAUUCAUAAAUAAAUUAUAAAUUAUUGAAUGGUUUUAAUUACUGUGGUCAUUUGCACUUAUCAUACAUUGUGAUAUUUAUUGUUUACCACUCAUUGUAGUUAAUAUCUAAUAAUUAUGUUUUAAUGUUUUAUUGAUAAAUGAUUGUGUAUAUUUUAUACUUAUUGUGAAUAUGUGGAUUUGUACAUAUACAGCGCCAUAUUGCUAUGGGCAUUAGGAGUACAACGCAUCAAGUUAAAUCUUGCUUGUUAUUGUUAUUGUUUAUCAUGAUAUACUCAAUGUCAUUCCAUUCACCCAACAUCUGUUGUACAUGUAUACUGUUAU